AACUGUCCGUGAAUGACUUCCGAGACGGGAAGACUGGCUCUGAUAGCUAUGCAGUUGGCUCGGGGGGAGACUUUCCCAGUGACACAGCCGGAAAAGGAACAUUCUCCAACCACAACAGCCAAGCCGUGGAGGAAAAACAGUCGGCAGGAAAUUAUCACUAUUGCAAUUUAUGAUUGGUUGCUAUACAAAAUAAAUUAUAGGAAUAUAGGCUAAAUCAGCCAUAUAUCAUUAUAUACAGCAAUUAACCUUACACUUCGAAUUUCUAAUAGGCUACAUCCAUGAAUCCUCCACCAUUCCCUGACACAGCGGAGCAAGAACCGGUAUUUUCUGACAUGAGGGAUGGAGAUAGCGAUGAGGGAGAGGAUAUAUUUCUUGGUUCUCUAAAUAUAAAGGCGGAAACUACAGACCUGUUUGCCGAACAAGCCAGUAGCACAGCCCCAACCGUCGGCCUUGGCACUGGUGGCAGCUCCAAUGGGGUCCAAUCUGAUGACGACAACGAUCUGUUUUCAGAUGCCCAUGUUGAGCUUCCUACAGAGAAUGCAAGCAGCUCAACUCCAUCUGGUCCCAGACCUGCAGCAACAUUCAUUCCUGGUACAGCAGACAUGCAGACCAAGUCUAUGGAGCAGCUGGAGGAGGAAGAGGCCAAGGAUACCUUUGAUGUGGAUGUGGCUGUGACCAACCCAGAGAAAGUCGGAGAUGGCAUGCAUGCUUUCAUGGCCUACAGAGUAUCAACAAAGAGCACCCUGCCCGUGUUUAGAAACAAGGAGUUCUCUGUGAAAAGGCGGUUCAGUGAUUUUCUAGGUCUGUAUGAGAAGCUAUCCAUCAAGCAGUCUCUCCAGGGCUGCAUCAUUCCUUCACCGCCAGAGAAGAGCGUUGUAGGCAUGACCAAGGUCAAGGUGGGCAAGGAUGAUUCCUCCUCUGUCGAGUUUGUGGAGAGAAGAAGAGCAGCUCUGGAGAGGUACCUCCAGAGGAUUGUGGCCCACUCUGUGUUGCUCCAAGACCCUGAUGUCCGGGAGUUUUUAGAGAGAGACGAGCUUCCCAGGGCAGUGAACACCCAAGCAUUGAGUGGCGCUGGUUUCCUUAAAAUGAUCAACAAGGCAUCUGACGCAGUGAACAAGAUGACCAUCAAGAUGAAUGAGUCUGACACUUGGUUUGAGGACAAAUUCCAGGAGGUUGAGAACGAGGAGCAGCAGCUGAGGAAGCUCCACAUCGUGGUUGACUCUCUGGUCAACCACAGGAAGGAGCUGUGCGGCAAUACGGCAGUGUUUGCCAAAAGCAUGGCGAUGUUGGGGAACUCUGAGGACAACACUGCCCUCUCGCGGGCACUGUCCCAGCUGGCUGAGGUGGAGGACAAGAUGGAGCAGUUGCACCAUGAUCAGGCAGCCAGCGACUUCUUCAUCCUGGCGGAGCUGCUGGCCGACUACGUCCGCCUGCUGGGCACUGUGCGGGGCUGCUUUGGCCAGCGCAUGCGAGCGUGGCAGCGCUGGCAGGAGGCUCAGAGCACGCUGCAGAGGAAGAGGGAGGCGGAGGCCAAGCUGCUGUGGGCCAACAAGCCUGACAAGCUGCAGCAGGCCAAGGAGGACAUCACCGAGUGGGAGUCAAGAGUCACCCAGUAUGAGAGGGAUUUUGACCGCAUCAGUGUGACGGUACGCAAGGAGGUGCUACAGUUUGAGAAAGAAAAAGCAAAGGACUUCAAGUUCCAGAUAUAUAAAUAUUUGGAGACAAUGCUACAGUCUCAACAGCGGCUUAUAAAGUUUUGGGAGGCAUUCUUGCCUGAGGCUAAGGCCAUCGCUUAAGAAUGAAGAAAAUGUUUCCAAAAUCAAACCCCAACUGCC